ACAGCAAUACGCAACUAAGCGUCUAGUCUGCCGGGAAAGCCACACGAAGAAGAGUGUAAACGGAAGUGAACACUAAGAACAUUUUCCACGUUAGCGUUUUUGUUGUUAUUUAGAUUUUAUUCAUUAUUAACACCCUGGAAUACAAAAUAGGAAUAAUUUAACUGCACAGCAUCACAUACUUACGACAUGUAGUCUUUAAUUCGCUUUGGAGACAGGACUUGGUUGAUAGGUGUUAUCUAGGUAACGCUAGCUAGCUGCUAACAAUGGCUAACUGUAUGGUUUUUCAAACUCAAAUAGCCUCCAUCAUGGAGGUGUUAGCGAAUGCAGCCGUGGCAGAGAUCUGUAAACUCGUAGACGACGACUAUGCAGUGUUUCGUUUGGAAAUAACUCAAAGCCAGAAAGAAAACAGGUCAUUGCGGAGGAGACUACAGCUACUGGAACUGAAGGUGUCACGGGAGCGCGUCCUCGCCAUUCGACCCAGUAGUGUCAAGAUCCUCGACAAAUACAGAGGAAUGUCAAGAGGUGAAGGACAUCUCACUGGAGGCCACAGGAGCUUUGUGAAGCCUGUGGGACACAAUACAUGGAGAGAUGACCAACCAAUCACUGUUGAUGAGGGGAAUGGAACCUCGAUCCAGCACAUUAUCAUGAUAGAGUCUGCAGAUGCAGAGGCUGCAGGUCCUGGGGUCAAGCAGGAGAGGUCUGAAGGAGAGGAGGACCCACAGCAUAGCAGAGACAUCCAGACUGGUGCGGCUAGAGAGCCCCCUGUAGCCACGGAUGAACCCACCACUGCCCCAGUGCAGCCCAGGACCCAACGAAGCGGCACGGAGGAGGAGGGGUGUGAGGAGGGUCUGGGGAACCCUGAGGGGACCAUGGUCAUGGAGGACAACCAGCCUACACCUCCUCCUGAACCCACAGAGGACCCAGCUGCGCAACACAGGACCACACACAGUCUCACUGAGUCAGUAGACAUGGAGGAUGGGAAGCCUCAUCUGCUGCUGGUCAAAGUGGAGACAAUAGAAGACGGACCAGAGAGCAUUGAUCUGCUGAGUGGACCUAAGAUGGGGGAGCAAGGUGGGUGGCUGGAGGCUAACAGAGGAGACUGGGCAGUCAUCUUGGAUUCCCAGACCGGUGCAGCCAAGGACCCAGGGGACAACAUCACUGAGCAAGACAGGACCAGCGGCGAUAUAGUGGAGUUUUUACAGUCUGCAGUCCAUGAGGACCUGCUGAUAUCAGGUGUUGCUGGCGGGAGAGACUGGAACUUUGAGGCGGCUGGUCACAAACCCUGGCCCUGGAUCAGAACCCUGGAUCAGGAACCAUCGCGCUUCCUUCCCGAUUUGGAACUAGGACCGAACCAUGAGGGACAGAGACUCCACCCCACAGAACACAACCAGUGGACAGGUGGACUGAACAACCUCAGUCCUGGUGGUCAUCAGAGAGACAGAGGCUCCAGUCAGGGAUCCAGUCUGCAGCCCAGACCCUUCUCUUCACAGUCUCAGUGCAGGGAUGAAGCAGGGCCUGGAGCUGAUAGAGACAGAGAUAGACACUCCUGUUCCUAUGAUACAAACAUCACAGUAUCCAUGAUGAACAGAGCAGGUCACCCUGGGCUUCAGCCUUCACAGAGAGUGGUGGGAGACCCCUCUGGUGGUAGUCUAAUAGGAAGUCUCUCUUCCCCUUCAGGAUCUCAUCAUAGAAGACCUGGGUCUAGCCUUCCUCGGCUACCUCAGGUUUACCACACCAAUACAGACAUGGUCAGGAUGGGCAUUCACCACAAGAGGUACCUAGCCCAUAACACAGAACACAAUCCCAACAACACCCAUACAAUGGCUAGAGGUCAAGGAAGGAGCUCAAAGACUAACCAACUGAGGGUGGUGGCUCCUGCUUUUACCUCCGGUGUCAUUGGCUCACAACGUGGGAGGCCAAGCGUUAGGUCGGACGCAGACAAGCCGCAUGCAUGUCCCACAUGUGGGAAGCGUUUCACUGAGGCGAACUAUGUGAAGAGGCACCAGACUGUUCACACCAAGGAGAGGCCCUUCAAGUGUAAAUUGUGUUACAAGAGCUUUGCCUUCUUGAGUAACCUUAUCAGACAUAAGAGUGUCCACAAUGGGAAUAAAUUGUAGCAUUGUGGCUUGAGAUGUACAAAAGGGGAUAUCUGAGAACCAUUUUUUAGCUGACAUAAUAUAAUUAUCAUGUGAAAUGUCUUGGGGCAAGAGGUUAAUUAAUCACAUACCUCUCCUUAAAACCCUUUGUUAACUUUGUAAAUACCUGUUUUUAGAGAGACAAUAGCCUAAACCUAGUCUAGAACAUGGACAGUUGAAUAUUUACCGUACUGAGGUUGACGUAGAUGGAAUAAAGUAAUUGUAUUGUA